UUGACAGUUUGCGUUUCAAAUGAGUAGAAAAUUAUAAAAUCAUAAAAAAGCGGAUCUGUUGAGAAAAAAUAUUGUAACAAUUGAUUCUAACAGCUGAUACAACACAUUUACCAGUUGUACAUUGAUGUUCGUGUUCGGUCAAAAUAUUCAAAUUAAGCUGGUGUAGUGAAAUACUGUUUUCUCGGUAUCGCCCUGAACACAACGGAAAUGCAGAAACCGUGAUUACAUUCGUUGUUUUUGCGGGAAAACAAGGUUAAUCAAAUACCGGAUAAAACCAGCGUCUUAGAUGAAAAAAAUGAGUUCCGAAGGUGAUGUCGGCGGAGAUGUGGCGACGAGGGAUAGAGAGGAAAGGGACAGCUCGGGCGAAAGGAUAUCAUCCGAUGUGUACGGACGGGAAUCGCAACUCAUGGUGCACAUGCUGCCUGAAAAAGUCAAAAAACGGCUCAGGGCCUUGAAGACGUUGCAGGCCAAGACGGCUGAACUGGAAGCGAAAUUCUUCCAGGAGGUGCAUGCCAUGGAAUGCCGGUACAGCCGUGAGUACAAAGCUUUGAAUAACAAAAGGAACGAGAUUGUUGUCGGCGCGUACGAGCCGUCCGAAGAAGAGUUGUACCCGGAGGACCCGGUACCCGAAAUCACGGGUGAACUCGCCGAGAAGCUCUCGAGCGAGAUCAAAGCCGACGGCCCCGGCAUUCCCGAUUUCUGGUUGACUAUAUUCAAAAAUGUGGCGAUGCUCAACGAGAUGGUCCAACCGCACGACGAGCCCAUUCUCAAACACUUACACGACGUGAAAGUCGACCUCGUCGAGAACCCGAUGAGCUUCAAAUUGGAGUUCUACUUCACCCCGAAUGAGUUUUUCUCCAACAAAGUCCUCACCAAAGAGUACGAAUUGAAGUGCAAACCAGAGGAAGACGACCCUUUCAGUUUCGAAGGCCCCGAGAUUUACAAGUGCAGAGGGUGCCAGAUCGACUGGUACAACGGGAAAGACGUGACUGUGAAGACUGUGAAGAAGAGACAGAAACACCACUCGCGGGCGGCCGUGAGAACCAUCUCCAAGCAAGUCCAGGCCGAGUCGUUCUUCAACUUUUUCAACCCGCCCCAGAUACCGGACGAUCCAAACGCCGAGAUGGAAGAAGAAGCCCAGGCGUUGAUUUCGGCGGAUUUUGAAUUAGGGCACUACAUCAGGGAAAGGAUUGUCCCGCACGCAGUCCUCUACUUCACAGGAGAGGCCUUGGAGGACGAAGACUACGAAUCGACCGAUUCGGAAGAAUCCUCCUCUCGCUCCACCAGCUCUGAGUCUUCUUCUUCAGUGAGCCCUGCCAGGGACUCUGAAGGAGAAAAAGAAUAAAUUUUCAGGUGUGCUCGAGGAUGGCCAUUUCCUUCCAACCCCCAACCCCCAUAUAAAAGCAAAGAGGUUUAUUCUUAUUGAUACAUAUCUUUUCUGAGUUAUUUCAAUGUGUUUAUUAAAAUAAAUUUCUGUGUGCGUCUUUCUUCCAA